AUGUUGACAUCUUCACAUCAAACCUUAUCACUUACAUCGGCUAUCAAAACAAUAUCGCACCUCUUGGCGCCCAGUAUCUUACCAGUUGAAGGUUCAACUAAAGCUGUAUCAUUCACUACAAACAUUCUUAUAGUUGGAGGAGCAUAUUCUGGGCUUAGUACUUUAAAAAGUCUCAAGAACCACUUCAGAGAGAGAUGUUCUAACCCUAAGUAUUCCCAUCUCUUAUUGGGUGAUGAUGAUUCUGAAAAUCGACCACCCCGUCGUAUCUCAAUCACUGUUAUCGAGCCCCGAUCUGGACUACUUAAUGUGAUUGGAAUUUCUAAAUCUAUGAUUGAUCCAGAAUUUGCCAAAACCCAAUAUUGUAAAUUCCAAAAUUUAAAAGAUUUACUGUUUGACAAAGUUGUCUCUACAGAUAAAUCACUUAUAGAUGAAUUAUCAUCUCAUGAUUCAUCGAAUACUUCAAUAGGUACAAGCAGUGAUGAAGAUGACUAUUCAACUUCGUCUACUGGAAUAGGCAAUUUAGAACAUGGAAUUGAAAUUAAUUAUGUGCAUGGGAAGGUAUCAUAUCUUGAUGAUAAAAAAGCUCAAUAUACUCUUAGCAAUGAUUCAACUAAUGAGAAAGCUAUUAUAGACUUUGAUUAUGUAAUUAUGGCUACUGGAAGAGAUCGUUCAUGGCCCACAACACCCUUAGCGUAUAAUGAAAGUUACUUUUUAGAUGAAAUGACUAAAUCUCAACUUCAAGUUGAGAACAAUCAAAUUAUAUCAGUAAUUGGUGCUGGUGCUGUCGGUAUUGAAAUUGCCAGUGAUAUAAAGCACAAAUAUCCUCAGAAAACUGUCAAUCUCAUUCAUCCUCAUGAUACAUUUCCACCAGAGCCUCUAAGUUUAGAUUUUAAAGAAAAGAUUCAUCAAACUUUAUCUGAUGUCGGUAUCAAUAUCAUUAUCAACAGUAGAAUAAAACAAGAAUUACAAAAUGGAGAUUUAAUUACGACCGAGAAUAAAAUAAUUCAUUCCAACUUGAAUUUCUGGUGUAACUCUCACAAGAACAAUACAAGCAUCUUAUCUUCUGAAUUACAACAGAAUUUUGUUAAUUCUAAGCAAAACAUUUACGUUAAUGAGUAUUUACAAUUAGCUCAUGAAGGUAAGACUGUUCCAAACUUUUUUGUUGUUGGAGACUUGAUUGAAUCUCCAAUCAUUAAAUCUGCAGGUUGGGCUAUGUAUAUGGGACGUCAAACUGCUAAUAACUUAGUCAGUCUUAUUCUUGAUUCUGAAUUCAUAGAACCGUUCCCUGAUUUAUCAAAAAUGCCUCGUGGAAUGGUAGUCAUUGCGGGUGACGGUAAGAUUGUUAGUGAAUUGUGGGGAGAAGUGGAAUUAAAUAAUUCAAACUAUGUUGAAGAAUAUAAAGAUUACUGUUUUGGAAAGGUUAGAGCUACUUUAGGGGUUUAG